GGAUACGUGCUACAUAUAUUUUUUGUGUUUAAAGAAUUACCAGAAAGCAUACACGGAACACAGAAAGCAAUAACUAUUAUCUAAGAACUACACUUCGUUCAGAAAAUGAAACUACAUUUCCGCUGAUGCAGCGUAUCUCAUAUUACUAGUGCCAUCAUGGCUGUAGUGGGAACGUUGUCGAGAGUAGCUAGACUGACUUCAUGUAUCAAUAGAAGUCGCUGUUUAAUAUUUAACAGCAGACAGAGACGAGGAAUAUAUUCAUGCAUUGACCCUGCUCAUGGCCUCAGCACGGAACAGAGGGAGUUUCAGAAGGUGGCUUUUGACUUUGCCGCAAAUGAAAUGACUCCAUAUAUGGCAGAGUGGGAUGAAAAGGAAAUCUUCCCUGUGGAGACUAUGCGGAAGGCUGCCCAGCUAGGGUUUGGGGGGAUCUAUGUACAGCCAGAGGUGGGAGGAUCUGGCCUGUCUCGCCUCGACACCUCUGUCAUCUUUGAGGCCUUAUCAACAGGCUGCGCCAGCACAACCGCCUACAUCAGCAUUCACAACAUGUGUAACUGGAUGAUUGACACUUAUGGAAAUAUUGAGCAGAGGGAGAAGUUCUGCCCUGAGCUUUGCACGAUGAACAAGUUUGCCUCCUAUUGUCUCACUGAGCCAGGCAGUGGUAGUGAUGCUGCUUCGUUAAUCACAACUGCAAAGUUGGAAGGAGACCAUUAUGUCCUGAAUGGCUCCAAGGCUUUUAUUAGUGGAGGCGGAGACACAGAUGUGUACGUAGUAAUGUGUCGGACCGGUGGUAAAGGAGCCAAGGGGAUCUCCUGUGUGGUGGUGGAGAAAGGCACUCCAGGACUCAGCUUUGGCAAGAAGGAGAAGAAGGUGGGUUGGAACUCCCAGCCAACCAGAGCAGUGAUCUUUGAGGACUGCCUUGUCCCAGUGACCAAUCGGCUGGGUCAAGAGGGACAGGGCUUCAACAUUGCAAUGAGUGGUCUGAAUGGAGGCAGGAUCAAUAUUGCUUCCUGUUCUCUUGGAGCAGCCCAUGCAUGUGUACAACUGGCUAGAGAUCACCUGUUAGUACGUAAGCAGUUUGGAGAGACCCUCUCCAACAACCAGUUCCUGCAGUUUAAGUUGGCAGAGAUGGCCACCAAGCUAGUGGCAUCUCGUCUGUUGGUGCGUGAGGCUGCCCUGGCACUUCAGGAGGGCAGGUCGGAUGCUGUUUCCCUCUGCUCCAUGGCCAAGCUUUUUGUCACUGACGAGUGCUUUAAUAUCUGUAACCAGGCGCUCCAGAUGCAUGGUGGAUACGGUUACCUCAAAGACUACGCUGUUCAGCAGUUUGUCAGAGACAUAAGAGUACACCAGAUACUGGAAGGAACCAAUGAAGUCAUGCGGAUGAUAAUUGCCAGAAGUUUACUGUCUGAGUAAAUGACAGUGAUGAAUGUAAUGCCACAGCCUUCUAAACACUUUAUUUUCCCAACCGGGUGGUGUUGUGAGCCAUCUUGUGUUGGUCUUUACUGUCGGUAUGUACAUAUGUAUGUUUGACUAACUGGAGUCCUGAAGUCUCUUCAACUCCCCUUUCCUAAAGUGAGAAAUACUGUAGCCGUUUCAAGCUUUAUUUUCGUGUAACAUUUGUUUUUGUGGUUAUUCCAGGCAAAGCUGCCAUUCGGUUCUCUGUAUGCAACUAAAUCAUGUUAUGGAAACAUUCAUUUAGUUUUUUAAAGAACAAUUGCUCGUUUAGAGAAAUGAAAGUGAACCAUGUUAAUAAAAAAUGUUCCCUACUGUGUUCUGUAAUGAACAGGUAUUAUUAUUAUUAUUAUUAUUAUUAUUAUUAAUAAUAAUAAUAAAAAUAAUAUUAAUAAAGUGGAGGGUUGUCUUGCAAUACAAAACUUUAUGAUUGAGAGGUUGUAACUAAGGUGUGUGUAUUGUAUAAUAUAUGGUGAUCAAAUUUGAAUGAGUUCAGUCAGUAAUAUAGACUUUGAAUAAAACCAACUUGCCAUUUGACUGAUA